AUGAUACUAACAAAAGUCACAGCAGCAAUCCAUCCAUUCAUCUACGUACGUAUCUAUCUAUCUAUCUAUCUAUCUAUCUAUCUAUCUAUCUCAUUUUGUUCAUUAUCUAUCUAUCUAUCUAUCUAUCUAUCUCAUUUUGUUCAUUAUCUAUCUAUCUAUCUAUCUAUCUAUCUCAUUUUGUUCAUUAUCUAUCUAUCUAUCUAUCUAUCUCAUUUUGUUCAUUAUCUAUCUAUCUAUCUAUCUAUCUCAUUUUGUUCAUUAUCUAUCUAUCUAUCUAUCUAUCUAUCUCAUUUUGUUCAUUAUCUAUCUAUCUAUCUCAUUUUGUUCAUUAUCUAUCUAUCUAUCUAUCUAUCUCUUUCAUCUAUCUAUCUAUCUAUCUAUCUAUCUAUCUAUCUAUCUAUCUAUCUCUUCCACUAUUAUAUUUUUAUCUAUCUAAAUAUACAUAUAUAUCUGUGUGUGUAUUCAUAUCUAUCUAUCUAUCUAUCUAUCUAUCUAUCUAUCUAUCUAUCUGUCUGUCUGCUCAUAUCUAUCUAUCUGUUCAUAUCUAUCUAUCUGUCUAUCUAUCGAUCUGCGUGUUUGGCUAUGUAUCUAUGUAACAGUCUGCUCAUAUUUUUUACAUCUAUUUAUCAAUCUGUUCAUAUCUAUCUAUCUAUCUAUCUAUCUAUCUAUCUAUCUAUCUAUCAGUUCAAUAUUAUAUAUCUUGUGCUUACCUGUUCAUAUCUAUCUAUCUAUCUAUCUAUCUAUCUAUCAUUCUGUUCAUAUUAA